CAACACAGUAAAGCCCGGUUUUUAUUUUCAGCCACUAGAUGACAGUAUAAAGCCAUUGUUUUUAAGUAGAACAGCCAUUACAAUACUUGAUAAAUGCGGAAGCAAACUUGACAACUCUGUGCGGCGCCGUGCAUUGAACUGUAAUAAAACCAAGGCUGUUUUUCGGGAUGUCUGGCAAGGACAGGGUUAAAUCCGAGCGCAGGGGGAGUGGCCCCUUCUCCAGGACACGCAGUUCACUGCGCAACUCAGAGAGUGCGGAGCGAGGGAAGGGGGGAGAGAAGAGACGGAGGAGUGGAGUUAGGGGCCGCAAGCGCUCUACUGCAGGGGAGCUCGAGGGCUCGGCUCAUUCGGUCAGACCUGUCCUCACUCCCAAACGAAAGAAGGGACAAGUGACGGUGAAGAAGGAGGGAGAGGGGAAUAGAGAGAAGGUGAAGCCAAGCAGACAGAGGAGGAAAUCAGUGAAACGUGGAGUGAAACGGGAGAGCGUGGAUGAACCGGACAGCGGGACCAGGCCUGUGAAGAAGGGAAUGAAAAAACUAAAGAGCGAGGGAAUAAAAAAGGAGGAAGAAGAGCCAUUGCCUGUACAACCCGGCUCAUCAGCGGAGAGAGAGACGGAGAAAGGGAGUGUGAAAAUGGAGGGAAUAAGGAGGAAGCUCAUAGGAGCCCACAUGUCCAUAGCAGGUGGGCUCUGGAACGCUGUGCAGGGCUCCGUUACGAUCGGGGGCUGUGUGUUCGGCAUGUUCCUAGGCUCCCAGCGCUCAUGGAAGAGCCAGCCCCUGGAUGAGAAGGCAGUGGCCCGGUUCCGCCAGGCCUGCUCCCAACACGGCUUCACCCCCGACCGCAUACUGCCGCACGGGUCAUACCUGCUCAACUGUGGGUCUCCCAAACCUGAUGUCUAUGAGAAGAGCAGAGCCAUGCUCAUUGAUGAACUGAAGAGGUGUGAGCAGCUGGGCCUGACCAUGUUCAACUUCCACCCUGGCUCCACCCUCCAUGACAUAACAGUAGAGGAGUGUCUGGAUAGGAUAGCAGAUUCCAUAAACCACGCCCACCAGCACACCACUGGAGUCACGACAGUUAUAGAGAAUAUGAGCUGCCAGGGUAACACUGUUGGGGGCAAGUUCUCAGAACUGAGAGGGAUUAUUGAUCGAGUGAAAGAUAAAUCCAGAAUUGGAGUCUGUCUGGAUACCUGCCAUGCCUUCGCAGCUGGUCACGACCUCUCUGCAGUGGGCGGGGUUAAGAAGAUGCUGGAUGAAUUUGAUUGGACGGUUGGACUGCAGUAUCUCAAGGCAGUGCAUCUCAAUGACUCCAAAGGGAAGCUGGGCUGCCAUCUGGAUCGUCAUGAGAACAUUGGUGAGGGGGAGAUCGGAUUGGAGGGAUUUCGACAAAUCGUGAACGAGCCUCGCCUGGACAACAUGCCCAUGAUCCUCGAGACGCCCGUCAGGCCUGACAUGGACGGCUCACAGGAGAUCCAGUUGCUCUACUCUCUGUGCCAGUAGAGGUGGCUUUACUUUCCUUGAGCCUCAGCUUCCAUUAUACUGCUGAUCCACCCAGGCUGUGCUGGAGUUAACUAGAAAUCCACACUAUAGGGACUCAAGUCCUCUAUUUGUGAAACAUUUGGAUAGAUGAGAUUAACGAGAAAGUAACGGGUUUGUGGAAAAUCUAGCGUUCCACGUCCCCCCGUGAUGCUACAGCGGCUUAAAUAACAUCCAUGUCAUGUUUCAUUAACAUCCUGACAACUUUUUACACAUAACUUUAAAGUCUGUUUCAAAGCUCUUUUCAAUAUGUCCGCUGUAGUGCACUGGGGUUUGAUUUCUGUCCUCUGAAUCAGUGCUGCUCAACCCCGGUCCUCUGGUUUUCAUUCCAACUGAGCUUUCAAUUACUUAAUUAAACCCUUAAUUAAUAAACUAAUAAUUAGCACAAUUAGGUAUUUUUAAUUGUUUUCAGCUUUUAAACAGUUAGAGAUUUCAACUUCACUAUAAAAUGUCAUUAUAAGUAACUUAAUCUGCAACUUAUUAGGAGCCGAGAACAAUUAAAACGGUCUAAUUAAGCAAAUGAUCAGUUCAAUUAAGGGUAGUUAAGUAAUUGAAAGCUCAGUUGGAAUGAAAAUGAGGAGAUACCGGGUUCCCAGAGGACCAGGGUUGAGAAGCACUGCUCAAAAUCACUGCAGGAAGAGCGAUAAAAAAACAAACGCACACUCUGGCUUUCCUGUACCAGAUCAUGGAUCGUUCUUGCUGUGUUACCUGUUUGACAAUGUGGGCAAAAUCCUGACACUAUCAGUGCACUAGAGUGACCAUUUUGAAAAUACUUUGAAACAGACUUUAAAGUUAAAAGUGUGAAAAGUUGUCAGGAUGUUAAUGAAAAGAAAUGACAGGUACGUUAUUUAAACAGUUGUAGCAGCACGUGGGGGACGCUGUAUUUUUUGGAACCCCGCUACUUGCUCGUUAAUGGUCUGCUUCUAAAAAAAAGAUACUUCAUCUCCACAAUGAUACAGCGUUCUGCAUUUAUAUAGAAUGUAUAGUAGUUUUUAUAAGAAAAAAAACACUGAAGAUGCUUAACUGUUGAAUAUAUGUUUAUAUAAAUAACAAGAAAAGAUCAAAUAAGUAUUUCCUAUAUUUGAUGUCUAUAUUUUGUAUAAAAAAAUAAAGGUAUUGUUUUUAGUUUUUCC